UGGUACGAGUAUAUAUAAGACCCGGCAACCAGUUGCUCCAUCCUUUCAGUUGCGCUUUCUCUGGGACUCGACACACGCCAGCAACAAUUGCAGCUCCUAUGAGCGCCAUCAACUGUUGAGCAACGACCAAGACCACAAGACAACGAGGAUGCAUUGGCUAGCACAUUUUCAGAUCAUUUUGCUAUGCAUAUGGUUAAUGUGCUCCAGCUCCAAUGCCAUGCCAUGCGACUCCUGUGGCAAAGAGUGCGCCAGCGCCUGCGGCACUAAGCAUUUUCGCACCUGCUGCUUCAACUAUCUACGCAAACGCAACGAUCCGGAUGAGCUGCGUCGCAGCUCGGACCGCAGACUGAUUGAUUUUAUCUUGCUGCAAGGCAGGGCCCUGUACACGCAGGAGCUGCGCGAGCGACACAACAAUGGCACCCUCAUAGACCUCGGCCUGCAAACCUACUACAACUGAUGGCAGAUCCACGCACACUGACACCCACACUGACUUCUGAUCCGGAACCCUUGCUCUCCCCCACUCCCACGAUUCACAUGAUAAUCCACGGCUGAAUGCUUGAAAUGUUUGAGAUGUUAAUUUUCCAAUAAAGGCGCAAACUUCUUUCGGGCACUGUGCUUUAUAAAGCAU